AUGGACGAGCGCAAACGCAAAGACGCGCCGGACGCGCCGGACGCGUCCAAGAAGAGCGCGGUGCAUGGCCUCGAUGCGGGCGAGGAGGCGCCGGUGCCGCUGCGGUACUGCAUCUGCCGCCAAGAGUUUGAGGACGACCGCGUGAUGAUUGCGUGCGACUUUUGCGACGAGUGGUACCACGCCGCGUGCCUCGGCAUUGCCGACGAGGCCGUCGAGCUCAUCGACCAGUUUGUGUGCCCCGAGUGCGAAAAGAAAAUGGACGCACGCACCUCGUACAAGGCCGCGUGCAAGGCCGACGGGUGCUCGAGCGCCGCGCGCCUGCCCAUGUCGCGCUACUGCUCGGACGCGUGCGGGAUGCGCACAGUCAAGGCGCGUGCGGACCGCGUGCGGCCGCCCAAUGCCGAGUUUCACACAGAGAUCGUGCAGCGCGGUGACGCGCGGCGUGGCGUCGUCGUGUGGACGCGUCCUGCGCUCGCCUCGGUCGACGACGCGUCCCUCGACGCCUGGUUCCGCGCCAUGCAAAAGGGGAUGGCCAUGCCGAGCGCCGUCCCCGCGGUGCCGCCCGGCACGAGCAGCGGGCAGCACGCGCUGGCGCACGCGACGGCGCUGCCCUCCCGACGCGACGCGUCGCUGGAGCGCGAGCUUGCGCGCCUCCGCACGCUCGCAGCCCAAGGGAAUACCAUGAUCGACGUGCUGGCCGUGCGCACCAAGCUCCUGCAGCUCGCCGAGGACCGCGUGUCGACGCUCCCUCUGGCCGACGACGACGGCAAACGCGACGCUGGGCCCCGCUGCGGCUUUGACGCGCGUCUUGCAUGGCCCGACGAGGCGCUGUGGCAGUGGGCGACGUCGCCGGCGGGCCGCGCGAUGCUCCAGGAAGAGAUUCCCCUGGACGGCACGCUGGCCGGCGACGCGCACGGCCCUGCGGUCGUGUGCGGCACGGCGAAGCGCCGCUGCAAGCGGCAUGCCGACUGGUCGAUCGUGCGUGGCGCCGAGGCCGAAGUCGCGCGUGAGCUGCAGACGUCCUAUGUAUCUGCGCUUGCCGAGCGCGAGCAGCACGUCCGCGCUUUGCUGGAGCAUACCCCUACAUAG